AGAAAUGACCGGUGGACGGGUGAAUGUUGAUAAAUAGAACAGCCGUACACACCACUAUUAGUAGCUUCAUGAUGCAUCUGUUCGGCCUUGUUUUAGCUCUGUCAGGUCGACGUGCAUCGGCAACACGUUUUCCGCUCUUAAUCCGCGCUAUUUGUACAACCCCAGUCAUGGACCAGUCCAAAACGGGUGGAAAGUCUAAAGGAAUUUUGGAACGUUUGAAUGCUGGUGAAAUAGUGGUUGGGGAUGGCGGAUUUGUGUUUGCACUUGAGAAGAGAGGAUAUGUGAAGGCAGGACCAUGGACACCAGAGGCCACGGUGGAGAACCCAGAAGCAGUUCGUCAGUUACAUCGGGAAUUUCUCCGUGCUGGUGCUGACGUUAUGCAAACAUUUACUUUCUAUGCUAGUGAUGAUAAGUUGCAGAACAGGGGAAAUAUUGACCCUAAGAAGAUGACUGGUUACAAUGUAAACAAUGAAGCCUGUCUAAUAGCCAGGGAGGUGGCAAACGAAGGUGGUGCUUUGGUGGCUGGAGGCGUGUCACAAACGCCAACAUAUCUCAGUGGUAAAGGCAAAGAAUUUACCCAGAAGGAGUUUCAGAAACAAAUGAGCGUGUUCAUGGAGAAUAAAGUAGAUUUCCUUAUAGCAGAGUAUUUUGAGCAUGUAGAAGAGGCUGAAUGGGCAACAGAAGUAUGUAAAGCUACUGGUUUACCAGUUGCCACUACGCUAUGUAUAGGACCUGAUGGUGAUCUGCAUGGAGUGUCAACUGGUGAAUGCGCUGUCAGAUUAGUUAAAGCAGGUGCUGAUAUUGUAGGUUUGAAUUGCCAUUUUGACCCUACGACUACUCUUGCUGCCAUUCGUGAAAUGAAAAAUGCUUUAGAUGGUGCCGGACUCAAAGCUCACUUGAUGACUCAACCAUUGGGUUAUCUAACACCAGAUGCUAAUAAACAAGGAUUUAUUGAUUUACCGGAAUUCCCAUUUAGUUUGGAACCACGUGUGUGUACACGUUGGGAAAUACAAGAAUAUGCACGUGAAGCUUAUAAAUUGGGUGUGCGUUUCAUUGGAGGCUGUUGUGGUUUCGAACCGUACCAUACACGUGCCAUUUCUGAAGAAUUGGCACCAGAACGUGGUUUCCUGCCAGCUGGCUCCGAGAAGCAUGCUCCAUGGGGAGAUGGUCUUAGACUGCACACCAAACCAUGGGUCAGAGCUAGAGCUCGUCGAUCUUACUGGGAAAAUUUGAAACCUUCUUCAGGUCGGCCAUUCUCUGCAAGUUUAUCCAAACCAGAUAGUUGGGGUGUAACUGCUGGUGAUCAGGAGCUAAAACAGAAAUCUGAUGCUACAACUGACGAUGAACUCAAGCCUUUAUUCUCUCAUUCAAAAUAGAGAACUACUCGGGAGGAGCACUGAAUUAUUCAGGAGUUUAUAGUUUCCAAAUUAUAAAUUCAGCAUUUACUAGUUUUAAGUUCAAACUCAAACUUUUGUAUUUACGUGAAAUUAUUAAUUUGAAUAUGUUGGACACAUACACGCAAUGGAAUAGGGAUUGUGGAAUACCUCUGUAUGUAGAAGUUGUCAAUUAACUUUGAACAUUUGUCUGCAUAAACAUGUCUUUUAUAAUCAAACUGUUGGAAUGUGAACAUAUGGUUUCAUUGUGUUGGGUAAAAUAAGUAGACAUUUGCACCUCCAUCGUAUUGAAUCUCACUUCAAUGUAUGUUUUUACUUCCAAACUUGCAUUGUAUUUCUAGCUUAGUUUUCCAGCUGUUUGAAUCUUUCUGUGCCCCCUCUGUGGGAAUAAAAAAAUUGCAAUUAAAAUGAGCUGAUAAUUGACAAUA